AUGUCAGUGGAGCAUCUGCUACAUGCAAUGGUGGAAAAGCUGAAAUCGGAACCUGUCCUGGAGGUGGGCCGGUUGCUUGGCAUUGGAAGCCUACUUCAGGACCUGCAGACACAUUUCAGGAUGAUCCAUUGGAGGAUCAGUCGCAUCGAUGAGAGUGCAGUUCUUAUGAUCAACGUCAACAACGAGCAGUACCUCCAGCUUCUGCAGAGGCUCUGGUCUCUCACACUUGAUACUGAUGACGCGCUGAAUAGGAUCUCUCGCCAUCUGAGAAAAAAGGGGGGCAUUUUCUCAUUUCAUCAGGUAUGCAGCUCGCCCAUCUUUCGGAGGUUCCAUUUUCGCCGUGUCAAUAAGAUAAGAGAGGCAGUAGCUAGCUUGAAAAACUGCUAUGCACAAACAUAUAGAAUCAGACUUCCAGCCAAACAUACAGAUAUCCAGGAAGCUAUGAGUUGCCAGAGAACAUGUGGCAAACCUGAAGGUGUACUUGGUAGAGAGAGAGAAUUGGACGAUGUCCUAAGAAUGAUGCAAACUGAUGACAGCACACCCGGCUUGUCAAUUCUCCCCAUAACGGGAAUGGCUGGAAUCGGGAAGACUACCCUCGCUCAGCUAGUAUUCUGGCAUCCAUGGGUUGUUGAUACCUUUGGUGAUGAUCGGAUUUGGGUUUCGGUACCUCGUGAGUUUAACACCAUGGUGAUAUUGAGUAGAAUAGCACAAGUUCUAACCACCCAGCAGUGUAGCACAAGUGAUUCGCCAGAAGAAGAAAUGAUAGAGCAGGAGGACUCCGUGAAACUGAAGUACCUUGUCAAAGAGAAACUCAGUGGGCAGAGAUUUUUCAUUGUACUGGAUGAUGCGUGGGAUCAGGAUCGGAAGAAAUGGCAGGAGCUGAUGGAAGUCCUUGAUAGUGCUGGAAAGCCCGGAAGCAAGAUGAUUGUCACUAGUCGCAUCCCUGAUGUUGUAACAUUGACCAAGUCCCUCAAACCAUACACCUUACAGUGUCUCUUGCCAGCUCAUUCUUCAAGUCUGCUCACACAAUGGAUGCAAAAUCCUGCAGAGUUGCCACCACGGCUCAUUCCAAUCAGAAAAAUGAUUGCUGAAACAUGUGCUGGCGUGCCCUCGUUACUACUCAGCGCAUCAAACAAGCUGAAGAGCAUACGGAAAACUCAGGUCGCUUGGCAGCAUGUCCUGAGCAGAUUUGAUCUCGUCUUCUAUGCAGACCGUCUUUUGUUGGAUGCGGCUUAUGUCAGCUACCAACAUCUCCCUCCAAGCAUCCAGCAAUGCUUUCUUUACUGCUCACUGCUCCUAGUUCAUAGCUUUACACCUGAACAACUGACUGACAUGUUUGUUGCUGAUGAGCUCAUAAAACUGAUAAGCAGCAAAUCUGACAUGCAUCUCUACUUCUCCAAGAUAAUGACAGAACACUUCUAUGGUGUAGUCCAGAAAUCUCGACACAGAGGAAACACUGUUUACAAGAUGCAUCCUGGGAUGCAACUUCUUGCACAAAGGAUUAGUCGGGGAUUCCACUUAGCAAUAGAUGCUAGAAAGGAAAUAAUUUGGCCUUCAUGUGAUGCCAGGUGCCUCUCCUUACUUGUUGAUUGUGAAACAAGUAAGCUUCCACCAGAAUUGUUUGAAUUGGAAAGUUUGAGGACCCUAAUAUUGCUCAGAGAUGAAAAUAUGCUUUUGUCUGAGAACAAGUGCGCAAUCACCGAUAUCCCAGCAGAGUUUUGCCAACGUCUGAUAGCUCUGCGUGUACUGCAUAUGCAAUCUUGCAGGAUCAAAAGGAUUCCUAGGUUAAUUGAUAUGUUACAGAAUCUAACCUAUAUCAAUCUUUCUCACAAUGAUAUUGAGAUUGUACCAGAUUCAGUUAGCAACCUUCGAUUCUUGACCCACUUGAAUCUUUCACAAAAUGAGAUCAUUGAACUGCCAGAAUCAGUUGGAAAGAUGCAAUCCUUGCAGAUGCUGGACCUGUCUCACUGUGAAAAACUUCUUGGCUUGCAUGAAGCAAUAAGCAACCUUGUGAAUCUACAUACUCUAAACCUUGAAGGCUGUCACUACCUUGCUGUAUUACCCAAAGGCAUGAAAAACUUGAGAAGUCUUACGUGCCUGAACAUUCUUGAAUGUCCUUUACUAACUCAAAUGCCUCGUCAGAUGAACCAACUCACAAGCAUCAAGAUAUUGCCAAGGUACAUUGCAGCAGAAACUCCCAAACAUACCAUCUCAGAGUUACGUCCUUUAGUUUAUUUGAAGGAACUCGGUGUCCAGAACAUGGAAAAUUCUUCUUCUGCUGAUGCCAGAAAUGUAAUCCUGCAAGACAAACACAAGCUUGAGUCACUGGCAUUGAGUUGGACUGGAGAUUGCACAGAUCCUGAAACUAGCUCGAGAGCACAAGAAAUACUUGAACAUCUGAAACCACGCCGUGGUUUGAAAGUGUUACAGUUAUUUUCCUAUCCAGGAAGGAAACUUCCAUCAUGGAUAAACAGUGGCGUACCUUACCUAAACUCACUUACUGAUAUCAAGUUGGUUAAUCUGGCAUGUGAAAGCCUGCCACCGCUGGGACAACUGCCUAACCUCAAGAUUGCUGAAGUAAGCGGAAUAGAUGCUGUCACAUGUGUAGAUGACACAUUCUAUGGGGCCGAUGGCACAUUCUUCUCAUUGGAGAAACUAUCGUUCUUUCACAUGCCCAACCUAAAAACCUGGGUACCAUCACACAGAGAAGGACUUUUUCCCUGCCUUCAAGAAUUGACAAUCGCCCAAUGCCCAAAAUUGACAGCAGUACAUGUAAAACUCAGAGCUGUUACAAGCUUGAUCAUGCUGAUGAACAAUGAAAAUUUGAUUGCAUGUAGAGGAUCACUCCAAGGCUUCGCCAGCAUUGGCCGGACCGGUGCAGCGCCUGCAGUUGUGAGGCGCUGGCCACGCCGAGAACGCCGACUCCAUAAUGCUGAAGAUCCUGCAGUUGAACAAGAAUCUGAGCCCCGCGGGAAUAGGGCCAAACCCGCACGCGGAGACAACCAGUGGUCUGUUCUUGGCGGCGACCUCUUGGGCGGCGCAGGAGCGGGAGGCAUCGGCGAGGACACCAUCACCGCCUUCGCCAUCGAGGACAACGAGCUCUGGCUCCGCCACCUCCUCAGCCUCGUCACCCAGGUCGGCCUCGCGCUGUACGUCUACUGGAAGUCGUGCCCUUCCGCCGCGAGCCUCGUCGCUCCGGCCGUCGUCAUGUUCGCCUCUGGCGUCCUCAAGUAUGCCCAGCGCACCUGGGCGCUCAAAUCGGCCAGCAUGAGCAGCCUCCGCAGCUCCAUGCUCACACGCCCAGACCCAGGACCCAACUACGCGCAGCUCAUGGAGGAGUACCACUCCAGCAAGGAUGCCGGCCUGCGCGCCGAGAUCGUCAUCGUCCCCGAGCGGCUGCCCGUAGACGACGUCCACGUCCCGGAGGAGCCGAUGGAGUACGACGAGCUUGUCAUCAAGGCGCACAUGUUCUUCCACACCUUCCGCCGCCUUUUCGUCGACCUCAUCCUCAGCUUCCAGGACCGCACCGACAGCCUCACCUUCUUCCGCCGCCUGAAGCGCGACCAGGCCUACAAGGUCGUCGAGAUCGAGCUCCAGCUCAUGUACGAGUCGCUCCACUCCAAGUCGCCCGUCAUACACUGCCCCUCCGGCCGCUACCUCCGCGUUUUCACCCUGGCCGCGCCCAUCCUGUCGCUCCUCGUCUUCUCCAAGGCCGGCAAGGGACGCUACAAGGAGGCCGACGUUGCCGUCACUUACGUCCUCCUUGUUGGUGCCAUUUUCUUGGAGAUUUACGGCAUCAUCCUGAUGGCCAUCUCCUCCUGGAGCUACGCCGACCUGCGGAAGUUGCGCAAAUGCCUCCCGGCGGCGAGCAGAGUGGUCUUCCAGGCCGUCAAGUAUUUCAUGCCGGAGGCGAGGCCACGGUGGUCGAACCAGAUGGCCCAGUACAAUCUCCUCAGCUACUGCCUCAAGGACAAGUCCACAUGGUUGACGAGAGUGCUGGAGAGUCUCGAGUGGGAUUACAACAUCCGCGUCAAGACAGCGUGGGACAGCUUAUGGUACACGAAGCACAUCGGCGUGUCCCUGGUGCUCAAGCAGCUCAUCUUCAAGCAGCUCAAAGACAAGGCGAACAGCACGAUGGAUCCAAUGAGCUACCGGCGGUUCGGGGAUCACCGCGGGCAGUGGAUUCUGCAGCGCAAGGGGUGCUACCAGGAGCUCCGGUGGAGCGUCGAUGAGGUCGAGUUCGACGAGAGCAUCCUCCUCUGGCACAUCGCGACCGACCUCUGCUUCUACGACGACGAUAACCAAACGUCCUCAGAUCUUGCCCCCACCGGCGCCGGCAGGUUCGCGGACGAGGGCGACAUAAACAGCGGGUCCAGGUUGCCGGCGGCGAGCAGGGAGAUGGCAAAUUACAUGCUGUUCCUGCUGGUGAUGCGGCCGUUCAUGCUGACGGCGAGCAUUGGGCAGAUCCGGUUCGGCGACACCUGCGCGGAGGCCAAGAACUUCUUGGUGCGGCUGCGGGGAGGCGAGGCACGGGCGAAGGAGCGGCAGGGCGCGAGCGCGCUGGCGGCAGUGAAGGCGGAUAUCGACCCGCGGAAGGUGAAGGGGGACCGGAGCAAGUCGGUGCUGUUCGACGCGUGCCGGCUGGCAGGGCAGCUGCGCGGGAUGGAGGUUAGGAAGCGGUGGAGGCUGGUGGCCGGGGUGUGGGUGGAGAUGAUGUGCUACGCGGCGGGCAAGUGCAGGGGCAACUUCCACGCCAAGCAGCUCAGCCAGGGCGGGGAGCUGCUCACGGUGCUGUGGCUGCUUAUGGCGCACUUCGGCAUUGGUGACCAGUACAGGGUCGAGGCCGGCCAUGCCAGGGCCAAGCUCAUCGUACACAACUAGCGCAAAGUUCGUUUUGCGCCUUAACCCUCCAUCCUGGCAUCUAAGAUGCGUUCAGUUGCUAGCUAUUUGUUCACACUUUUCUGCUAUAUCCUCUAUAACACUAAGCUCCCUAGUUUAGAGCUCACAUUUAACUGAGAUUUUCAAUUAAAAUUGGGUCAUUCGAUUUUGACCUGAUUAAUAAUUUCUCAAAGCUUUCUCAUUCAA